CAUAAAAUUUAUUAUUUUCGCAAUUAUGCAAUUAAACUCAUAAAUGGGUAAGGUUAAAUUAGAAAGGUAAAGGAAGAAAGAACUAACUCUCCUAGAUUACUAAACUAAUAAACUGAUUGACAGUAUUUCAUUGACCAUUCGACUGGCCGGUUUAUUUAAAGUUGUUAUAAGUGUUUAAAUUACUUAUCUUUAAUUUAUUUAACACGGCAAGUUGUUAGUAAUUACCGAAAAUAAUUUAUAACUUACUGAAAUUUUUUUUACUACCAUAUGUUAUUAGUGAUUAAUUAAUUAUACUUAUUAGUAAUUCAUGAAAAUAGCCUAUAAUUAUAUUGUUUAUUUUAAAAUUAAUCAUAAUCAUGUUGUCAUGCCUAGUGUUUUUAUUGGGCUUAUAUUUCUCAACUGUUAAUUCAGCUGGAAAGUUUGAGACUGUGUACAAGUGGUAUUGGGUUGACUACCUAUGGGAGAGUGAAACACAAAGAAUAGGGUCUAUUAUAACCGGUGAAUAUAAUUAUACGAAACCAGUUAUUAUUGAUGUUGACGUUUGGAAAGAUAAAAAAGUAUUUGUUACGGUGAUAAGAACUGAUGGAGUACCGGCAAGUUUGACAACAAUUUCAAGUAAAAAUGGCCAAGGUGGUCCUCUUUUGAAACCUUACCCUAGUUGGAAUUGGGCAAGAAAAGGAGAUUGUAAUUCAAUUACAAGUGUUUUUCGAGUUGCCAUAGAUGAAUGUGAUCGUUUGUGGGUAUUGGAUACAGGAAAAAUAAAUGAAGAACAUGUUUGUCCAGCGCAAUUACUAGCAUUUGAUCUUAAAUCAGACCGUCUUAUAAAAAGAGUUAGAAUUCCUCAUAAGAUAGCUAUAAAUAUUAUUACGAAAAAAGGUUUGUUGGUAACGCCGAUCGUGGAAACUGAAGGAGUUUACUGUUCUAAAACAUUUGUCUACAUAGCAGAUGUAACUGGCAAUGCCUUGAUAAUUUACAAUGGGACAAAUUUUUGGCGUUUAGAGUCGCCGAUUUUUGAGCCUCAAGAAACAGCGGCCAGUGUUACGAUUGCAAAUGAAACAUUUUAUUUAGACGACGGAGUUUUGGGAAUGGCGUUGAGCCCUAAGUUGAAUAAAAAUUCACGAAAUUUAAUGUUUCGGCCAUUGGCAUCUUUUGAUAUGAUUUCUGUUGAGACAUCUAGUCUACAGGAAUCGUAUGCCAAUGAACCGAUACGUUACACGGUUAUAUCGAGAGCAUUACCAAGUCAAGCAGCUGCCAUGGCUUUCUCUAAGGCCGGAACACUUUUUUUUGGACUCCCUCAUGAUCUCGCAAUGGCUUGUUGGAAUAUUAAUAAACCUCUUACUAAAGAUAAUAUCGUAGUAAUUGAUAAGGACCAUCAUGAUUAUCAAUUUGUGAGUGGGGUCAAAGUAAUACCGUCGCACAUUACAUCAAGAUCUGAAGAGCUGUGGAUCGCAACGAAUAGAUACCAAAAAAUAGCUUUAGAAACACAAAAUUUUAGUGAAAUUAAUUUUAGAAUUAUGAAAAGUCCUGUUGAUAAUUUAAUCAAAGGAACAAACUGUAAUUAUGGUUUCAAUUUUAAAUUUCUUUCUGAUUAUAACUCACAGUUUUCUAAUGGUUUUUUAAAAUAAAAAAAAUUAUUUGA